AUGCUUUAUGGAUGUAAGAGUAGGCAGCUAUUUUUUCAGUACCAUGAUUCUGAUCCUUUGAGAAGUGUUUUAGUAGCUGACUUCGGUCAUUCCUGCUAUGAGACUAAUACUAAUGCCUUUCACUGCAGGUAUGUAUUUGCUUCUAACCUAUUCGAGUCUGGAAAUAUUAAUGAAACAGAGUGGGCUAUUUAUCAGGACUGGCACUCAUGGCUUUUGAAUCAGUUUGAAUCUGAUCUAGAACUGGAUGGCAUCAUCUACCUAAGAACUACACCUCAGAAAUGCAUGGAAAGGCUACAGAUGAGGGGAAGAGAAGAGGAGCAAGGAAUUGAGCUUGAGUAUUUGGAAAGCCUCCACUAUAAACAUGAAACCUGGCUUCAUGAAAGGACUAUGAGAGUUGAUUUUGAGAACCUUAGAGAGGUGCCCAUUCUAGUUUUGGAUGUUAAUGAAGACUUCAAGAAUGAUAAGAUUAAACAGGAGUACCUGAUUGAUAAGGUCAAGUCUUUCCUGACUUCCUAAGAACAUGAAAAUGACUUUGAAUAAGUCCUUGAAGUUCAGAAGUUAAACCUAACAAUCAGUGUUUUCCUAAACAUUUACUUUAGCUGAAUGCAUUACCCAUCUAGCUUAUUUUAAGGCAAGACUGAAGUGUAAAAUAUGGUUUGGGUUUUUUUGCUUGUCUGACCUGUGUGGUUUUUCACAGAAUUUUGUCUAGUUAAAAUGAAAACUUACGGGGUGCUUUGAUAGUGUUCUUUGUGUGUAUUCUCUGCUUAUUAAUAAAGUUUUUAAAAUAAUA